UUUUCAACAACCCACCACCUCAGGCCGCCUGGUAAUUGAUUUCUCUCUCUAGAGUUAACAUGGCGGUGCAGAAGAACCCAGCAACCACCAUUGAUGAAGAACCUAUUCCUAAGAAAACAUCAUGGCCGGAAGCAGUCGGACUGACCGCCGACGAAGCGGAGAAGAAAAUUAAAGAAGACAUGCCAACUGCUCAUACUUUUGUACUUCCUAAAGGUAGCUCCUUCACUUUCGAUUACCGCGUUGAAAGGGUUCGAAUCUUCGUUGAUUCCACCGGAAAAGUUGCCGACACUCCAUCAAUCGGUUGAUUCACACACUCUCUGUCUGUAUGUCAAAAAUAAAAUAAAAUAAA